GUGUAGCCCACAGAAGAAUCUUCUUAUUUUAAAUAAUAUAAUAAAAAAGGAACUUUUAUCCCCCUCCCCUCCAUCCCCAUAGAAGAGAAAAUAUAUUGCCGACCCUUUUUUGCGAUUUCUUUGAUCUAUUCAUAAAUACUAAUCUAUACAAACAGAAAGCCCUCUAAGAGCAACCCAAUGGAAGAAGCUUUAGCAAAAUAUGAUAAGAGUCUGGAGGCAUUAGAGAAGCAGAAGGAGAGGCUUGAACUUGUCAUGAAAAAGAUGGGCGCUGAAUGGGAAGAGAGUGGUGCUGGUAUCGGUUGGAUGGGUGACCUCUCAUUGACAGCUUCCCUGAAUGAGAAUAACAACACUACUGCUACCGCCGCGUUACUCAAUGAGACUAUUACCACUAAAUUACUCGUAGACGAUUUCAAUCACCAACAAGAAUUACUCCUACACAAUGCUACCUCACGAGAUACCACAUGCAACAUAGUCCCUACCACUACUACAAAUGCACUACAACAAUCAUUGGCAUUAUUACCUACAUCUCCACCAUUAGCUGACGAAGAAGAAGCACGCAUUCAACAACAGAAAGAUACCACCUCACUUAGUGCCAUUACUACUACUGCUCGUUUGGGUACCGCAGAACAGCAGGAUAACUGAAGAAGCAUCCUUUCACUUAUAACUGAUUAAAAAAGAAGAUUAUGCGUUGAAUAUCGCUCACAUCCUCUCUUUUUUUUUUUCUGUUCUCUUUGAUUUUUUUGUUACUGACUCUCACUUAUUUAUAUAGACAAUCUUGUUGUAUCAUCUUUGUUCUUUUGUAAUUCCACGUAAAUCAUU